CAGCCAGCUGAUGUCAAAGGGUCAGACUGUUUUCUCACACUAACUACAAACCGCUCACAGAGAAGGGAACAUAUGCACAGGAAGCCUUCAAACACAUGGAGAAAGGCUGCCGAAAGUUACAGGGCAACGCCUGCUACUGUCACGGCAGAGUGAGUGCCUGAUUGGCUCUGAAACGCAUGCUGCUAACAACACUGUUACUCAACUGGGUGGGUUGAGUAGUUCUGACCGCUGCGUAUCAAGUCGUUUGGCAGGGCAGAAUGUCACGACGGGACCAGAGGUUUCGGAGAGGAAUCAAAGGACGGUGCUGUGAUUGUGAGUGCAUCCUGUCUCACUGGUACUAUGAAAAAGAAGGACAACUCUACUGUAAGAAGCACUACUGGUCCCGCUUCGGAGAGCACUGCCACGGCUGCAAGGAGCCCGUUUCAACAGGGCUUGUUAUGGUUGCAGGACAGCAAAAGUACCAUCCGGAGUGCUUUACAUGCAUGAGCUGUGAAAUGGUCAUUGGAGAUGGAGACACAUAUAUGCUAGUUGAACACUCCAGACUUUACUGCGGCCACUGCUUUUGUCAGGGUGUCGUGCCAGCUGUGAGGUCAACAUCUGUUACAAAGAGACCCCACAUGGUGGCGCUGGUGUUCCUUCCUCCCACUGCAGCUGGACAACGAGGCCUGACGGUUUCUGCUGAUUUCAGUCAAGACAAAAAGCUUCAGAUUACCGUUACAGAUUUAGACCCUGGUGUCCUCAGCCCGGAUCUGCUGUCUUCUGUCCAAGCUGGUGAUCAAGUCUUAGAGGUCAAUGGCACCCCGGUCCGCAACAUUUCCCCAGAUGAGAUCAACCGUAUAAUCCAGGACACAAGCAGACCUCUUCAGCUCAUCAUCGAACACAAUCCACCGUCUCCUCAUGAACCUCUUCCACCAGAUCGCCCCCCAAACACCGUCAGCUGUCCUGACUCCUGUGUCCACGACAAACUUACUUCUAUCCGUAAUCUCCCAAGUCUGGCAGAAGAGCCAAGUACACCAGAGGAACGACAAGGACAUCAGUCGAGCCUCUCGCCGCCUCAGCAUCAAGGAAGCGUAGGGUUGCGAACCAGGCAUAUUCUACGAAGUUACAGCAUAGACAAGGGCCCCCUGUCUUCUGGAGCGUUGUCUUUGCUUUCACAAAAGAGAGACAUGGUUCGCUCAGAGUCUCUUCGAGUCGACCCCGGAGACCGGACACACCGUAUCUUCAGACCGUCAGAUCUCAUCCACGGAGAGGUGCUCGGCAAGGGCUGCUUCGGUCAAGCUGUGAAGGUGACGCAUCAAGAAACCGGGGAGGUGAUGGUGAUGAAAGAGUUAAUACGUUUUGAUGAAGAAACCCAGAAGACAUUUUUGAAGGAAGUGAAGGUGAUGCGCUGCCUUGACCAUCCCAAUGUUCUCAAAUUUAUCGGACUGUUUUACAAAGACAAACGAAUACAUUUCGUCUCUGAAUAUAUCCAAGGAGGAACUCUUCGAGAAACUAUUGCAAAAAUGGACGAAGAUUUUCCCUGGAAUUUAAGAGUUGGAUAUGCAAAAGACAUAGCAGCUGGAAUGGCGUAUCUGCACUCCAUGAAUGUUAUCCACAGAGAUCUAAACUCAUACAACUGCCUGGUCAGAGAGAACCAGUCGGUAGUGGUGGCAGAUUUUGGACUUGCCAGGCUGGUGAUGCAUGAAAGGAAUCAGAGCAGAACAUCUUCUCUGGAGCGGAGCGUGAAGGGCCCACUGUCAGAGCUGCGUAAACCUGACCGGAGAAAACGCUAUACUGUGGUAGGGAACCCCUACUGGAUGGCCCCUGAGAUGAUCCACGGAAAAACCUACGAUGAACGGGUGGACAUAUUUUCCUUUGGGAUUAUGACUUGUGAGAUUAUUGGCAGAGUGAGUGCCGAUCCUGACUACCUUCCCCGAACAAACGACUUUGGACUAAACGUCGAGGGUUUCCUGCAGCAGUAUCACUCCGCCCAGUGCCCAUGUGCCUUCCUGCCUCUGGCCGUCCUCUGCUGCGACAUGGAUGCUGAUAAACGACCCUCUUUCUCAAAGCUGGAGGAGUGGCUGGACAACCUGCUAAUGAACCUGGACAUCAGCCUGCCUUUGCUCUCCGAGUUGGAGCAACUCUGUCGGGCCUUCUGGAGGAAUCGCACCGAUCAAGACGAGGCUGGAAGCCGGGACGGAGCUCCUGUUUCCUGUGAACAAAGUUUUUCAGAGACGCGUCGAGAAAAUCUGAGCCCUAAGCUUGGCCCGGACAAAGCAAACAGCCACACUGGGCCUAAUCAUUGUCCUCACUACCGAGGCCCAAAUGACCGCGGUGACAAAGAUGUGAAUGGGGAGCAGCACAAAGUAACGACCGAACCACAACUCACAGACCGGUCCUGCUGCGAGUCCAUACACUCAGGGAGGAGUGAGUCCGAGGCUCAUGAGGACGGCGACGUUAAAGGACAAGCAAAAUGCCAGCAGCAGUCCUCACCGUUAGGCCGCUCUAACAGGACUAGAAGAACUUGUAGAGUUCUGUGGGACAAAUCUACAGAGGACAGCUCGUUUCUCUGAACGUUUGCCGACAUGACUGAGCUCAGUUUGUGGAGUAAACACUUUUUUUUUUAUUGUUUUUUUUAGGACAUUGGUUCCUCAUCAAAAAGUAGAGAGAGAAACAUGUGUCUGAAACCUGACUGAUGACCAUGAAAACUGGCAGAGGCACAAAAUGUGCAGCUGCACAUUUAUGAAGAAUGUUUUUGAAAAGAUGCGUAGCUUGAUAUUAAUUAUUUUGCACAUUAGAUUUGCCUGAGAGUAGUCCAUAAACCAGUAUUUAAGUAGCUGUAGCUGAAGCCUUGCUCGAUAGGUAUUUAUUAAACGUUUAGACGGCUCCUCGUUUAUUAUAAUAUCCUGCACUGGCAGUGUUUUUCAAAACAAAAGACUUAUUGAGAAAAUUUGCACAAAUUCCUGAAAAUGCAUGGAUGCUCUGUAGUGGAUAGCCUAUGUACAGUGAUGGUGCCGCUGUUUAUAAAUUACCUCAAAGGCGUAAUUUGACGGUUGCCUAUUGCAACGCCUGUUUACUACUUGAUAGGCAAGAUCAUAACUUCAUGUCUGUCAUAAGCUGAAACUGCCUGUCGCGUGGCUCCAGUUUCAACUUUGUCCAAAAGCUGUGAACGUUGUUAUGUUGUUCUUUGAACUAUGUUGAAUUAUUUAUCAGAUUGCCUUGUGUCUUUUCUGUUUAGAAAUGUAAAACCAUGCCCCACAGACCGAGCUAUGAAAUUACCACUAAUGCUAUUAAACUGGAGAUAAUACAAACAAAAA